AUGAGAUUGAUUUACUUAGUUUUGGCGCUGAUCUUUACUGUUCUCACCAAGGCGUUGGGGACUCUCGGUAUCAAUGAAAUAAGUUCAGUAGGCGCUUCUUGUGUAUAUAUAGCGAACAAUUUCACCUCUUAUCCAUUCAACUGCAAAGGGCAUGAUAUUGAUUAUGCUUGCCGCUGUUCUGACCUAGCGUUUCUUGGGACAGUAUUAAUUUGUAUAGACGAUAACUCUGACUCUCCUCUUUUAAUCACCAAUGCUUACAAUUAUUUGAUUGAUUUCUGCAAACUACAGGCACACAUCUCUUACACGCUUACUGGUUUGGCCAAAAUAUUCAACAAUGCUACUAAGUACGCAAUAUACCCAAACGAUACUACUGUCAAUAAUGUGUUAUUGAACCCUGUGUUACCGAAUGAACCCUUAUUUAAAGUAUCAAGUGACUCAGUAGAAAGAUUAUUGUCGCACAGAGUUAUUUCCACUCUCUUUGGAGGGGGAUUGUUAAGCUAUUGGCUCACAAUAGUUCUAAUCGGAUUAAUGAACAAUAUGGGAGUGUGGUGCGUGCCUUCGGGUAUCCAGAAAAUGAACGGGACAGUUUCAAAAUGGAUUCAACGACAUUUAAUUAAUCCUCAUUUAUUUUCAAGAAAUACUAAUAAAGAAAGAAAAUCGUUUCUUGGGAAACUAGUCUCGGUAUUUGUUAGAACUUUGCCAACAAGAUUAGAAUCUUUAAUAAUCAUGGGAUAUUUUAUAUUGAUUAUCAUUCUAUGUUGUAUUGAUUAUAACUUACAUUAUCCAAAUACGAUUUUCAUUUACAAGUCUUGUGGGAAACUAGUAUAUAUUGCCGAUAGAACUGGAAUCAUUUCAAUAACACAGCUACCACUUUUAUUUUUGUUUGCUGGAAGAAAUAACUUUCUAAUAAUUGUUACUGGAUGGUCAUAUAGAGCUUUCAAUAUCUAUCACAAGUGGAUUGCAAGAUUCGUUUGGAUUCUUAUCCUCAUCCAUGGAUGUUGUUAUACUGCGUACAGUAAACAAAAUAACGAUUAUUCCGCUAGGUGGUCAUUAGAAAAAUGGAGAUGGGCAAAUACUGCUACCAUUUGUAGUGGAGUGAUGAUAAUUUUAUCAUUCAGAGCAAUAAGGAAAAUAUUUUAUGAAUUGUUUAAGGUUUCCCACCAAGCAUUGGCAAUAAUUUUUCUCAUAGGCUGUUGGAAUCAUUGUAAAACUUUGGGUUGGAUGGAGUUCAUUUAUGCCGCGGUUGCAAUCUGGGCUUUCGAACAUAUGAUUAGAUUGAGUAAAAUAUUUAUUUCUGGGGGCGUGGUAAUUGCCAACUGUCAAGCAAUUAUCGACUGUGAAUAUGAUGUAAACAAAGAAAAGCAAGAAAAUGAAGAUGGGGUGAAACAUGAUACAGAAGAUGGCUGCCACACUACACAAAAAGCCAAAAAAUCAAAUUGCAAUAAUAGACAGGAAAACGAGGUUCAUUCUAUUAGAGUUAAUAUUAGUCACUCUGGAUGGUGGAGAGUUUACCCAGGAUGCUACGUCUUUCUAUAUUUUCUAAAGCCAGCAUUUUUUUGGCAGUCUCAUCCAUUCACUAUUGUAGAAUCAUCAUCAGAGGAAACCAAUGACCAAUUAACUAUGAUAAUCAGAGUGAAAGAUGGACUAACUAAACGUCUUGCUGAUUUUCUUUGCAACAUGGAAUCUUUUUCUGUCAGAAUUCCAGUGCUUGUUGAAGGUCCGUAUGGAACUCCAAUUGCUUUUAGAAAUUAUCAGAAUGCAUUGUUUAUUGCUGCUGGUGUUGGAAUGACUAUUUCAUAUACCCUAGCAGUCGAUCUAGCCAGACAGUAUAAAGCUGAAGUAUUACGCGGGAACUAUAAAGAGGAAGAGCAUAAAAUUAUAAUUGUUUGGAUGACUCCAAGGAUAGGAUAUGUUGAAACUUUCUUAUCAGAAGUGGAGUCUUUAGGGAAAAUCUCAGGAAUUUGUUUUCUGAUUUACAUUACAAGAGAUGAUGAAGAGCAAAUGGUAGAACGCCUAGACAAUGACGAUUUAUCUUCAACAUAUCAAAGAAUUAAAAACAUUACAGCAAACAAUAUACCAGGGAUUCAGGUCAGUCUAGGGGAAAGGCCUCAUUUAAAAAAUCUAGUUGUUGAAGAACUUAAUAAAAUCGAAGGCAAUACCGCAGUUAUUGCGUGUGGUCCCGAUUCCGUGAAUCGUGAUGUUCGAGCAGCCACUGGAAAAUGGCAUAAAUAUAACAAUCUUAAUACCCAUAAAGUCGACUACUUUGAGGAAGAGCUUUUAUGGUAG